UGUUUGUUUUGCAGAGACUAGAAGAGAGAGAGAUAAGAGAUGGCAGGGUGUUAGUGGUGGUGAGGUAAUUCUAGCAGAGAAAGAGUCAAAGUUAUUACAUCAGUUUUCUUUUUUAGAGUCAGAGGGAAAAUGAAACUGCUUUGUCAGAGGGUGCAGGCCAGAUAGCAGGGGAGCAGGCAGAGAAAGGAUGAGUACUCGUGUGGAUUUCUGUUACAACUUACUGCAACAACAACAACAAAAACACCCCACCACCCCUUUUCUUUGCCCAAGUACACUCUUCUUCCCCCAUUUCUUUCCUCUAUUCACUCUGCUUUCUCCCUCUCCUCCCCCCCUUCUGUUUUUGUUUGCUUUUCCCGUUUUAGAACCAUGGAAGUGACCUUCAUGUCACAGUUGCAUAACACAACAACAAGCACCACCACCACCACCACUGGCUCCAGCUACUGCUGCUGUUGCUGCUGCUGUCAUCAAGACAAGGAUGGCUGCUGCUUCCCCAAUCACAUCUCUCCCAUUCCUUCUUCUUCUUCAGAUGCUCAUUAUCAUAUACAUUCUUCUCCCUCUCAGACUCAACUCACACCACCACAUACCCUUUUGGCCUCUCCUUCUCCAGACAUGGCCAAGUGCAGUAAUAAUGACAGCAAUAACAACAGUGUGGAGAGGCAGAAGAAGAAGAAGAAGAACAAGAGUAUUGAUGAUAGCAGGUGCUUGAAAGUUAGUACUGCUAAAGGGCAUUGGAGGCCUGCAGAGGAUGCUAAACUCAAGGAACUUGUUGCCCUUUAUGGCCCUCAGAACUGGAACCUCAUUGCAGAGAAGAUGGAAGCAAGAUCAGGGUAAAAGCUGUAGACUGAGGUGGUUCAACCAGCUGGAUCCAAGGGUGAUCAAGAGAGCCUUCAGUGAAGAAGAGGAAGAGAAACUAAUGGCUGCUCACAGAACUUAUGGCAACAAAUGGGCACUGAUUGCCAGGUUUUUCCCAGGGAGAACUGACAAUGCGGUUAAGAAUCACUGGCAUGUUAUAAUGGCUAGGAGAUACAGAGCACAGUCCUGGAAUAAUUGCAGGGCCAGAAGAGAGAUCAACCAGUCUUCCACUGCUAAUUGUUUCGUUGGGCAAGAAGAAUACGCUCCCAGUGGCAGCAGCCAGGAAUCAUUAUUACUCCAUUGCCCAUCUGCAACUUCCAGUGGAGGAGGAAGCACUAAUGCUGCUUCUCCUGGAGACACCAAUAGCAAAGGAGGAAAAGAAACAGUGGGAAAUUGGAAAUCAUCUUCAUCCCCAGUAUUGUUUGUUAGGAGCAGCAAUCCCAAGCUCAACUAUUUUCCACAGCAACAACAAUCCCUCGUGGCCUAUGGUGUCUUUUCUGGUCAGGAGGGCCAAUGGAGUCCCAUUCUGAAGAAGAAGCAGAGUAACAUGGUGAAAGAUGAUGGUACCACCAACACCACCACCUUCACUGCUUUCAUUGGCAAGCAAGCAUCUGGAGUCACAGUCAGUGAAGCAUCAAUGUCAUCAUCAUUAUUAUCACUAUCACUAGCAAGGAACCCAGAAACCACAGCAGCAGAAGCAACAACAACAAGGGACCUAUUCAACACCAGCAAACCCUCAGCCCCACCACCACCAUUUAUAGACUUCCUUGGAGUUGGAGCCUGAAGAUACAGCAAGAUGUAAAGUUUCCAAACUAGGUAAAAGGGAGACAUGGGGAAAGAAAGAGACACUCGUGUGGGUAGUGGGUUAGGAUUAUAUAUGAGAUCAGUAUGUUAUCAUGAGCCGGGGAAAAGAUGCAUUUCCCAAGGAGGCAGUGUUUCUAGGUUAGGACUAACUCAAACAGGUUAGCUAGCUAGUAGCCUUUCAAGUUUCAACCUUCGUGUUUGUAACAAACAAUCAAUCAAUCCUCUUUUGCCUUGUCAAUCUACUUCUUUCUGAAUUUUGCAUGUAUUUUCUUUUUUGGGUUAAGUUUACGCAGCCCCAAUAUUAAGCAUAAAAAGGGGUAGCUCUGGAAGCAUGGGAAUAGCAUUAGUCCCAUUUCAGUAACAGACUUCCUUAAAUUCUGCUGCCUAAAACUGCUGGACAAUUAAAUUCCAGCAAGGAAGUGGCCAAGUGUUUUGUCAUCUCGUUUGUGUCAAACAUUCAGAACAGACAAACAACAAACUAUUAUAAUAAUAAUAUUCAUGGACGGUUACCAGAAAAUCGCAACAUGCAACAGUAAGCAAGUAACAAAACUGGGGAAAAGAGGCUUGUGGUGGGCCUUACAGCAAAAGCAGGACAACAGUGGUAGUUUUCACAAUACUGUUUCUUUUCUUCUGUGUGUUGUGUUGUUUACGUUUCACUGUGGCCUAGCAGACUUCAGGUGAGAGUUUCAUCAACUCCAUUAAAUACUAUAGAUCCCUACCCACGAGGGGGUUAUUUUAUUUGACUCUGCCUCGCAUGAAUUUGAAAAGCAGGACUGUAAACAAUGUGCUUGUGGUCAAUUGGUUCAACGGUUCAUGUUGAAGAUGGAAAAAAGUAACAAUAUGAACAUAACUCCUGAACAUUAUGAAACUUGGGUUAGCGAGUGUAAACCUGUGGAAGGAGCUCCUUGACAGUCGAGGCAAGCUACAGCACACUUUCUGUUUGCCGAAUCAAAUGCUUGCACUCUGAGCUAUAGUCCCAGGUUUAGUAGAUGAGCAAGCAUCCUCAAGUUCUUGCUUCGACAGAAGCCUAGUGGAGUGAGCAAAUUUUGCUACCUGACAGGAGUUAACGUCAGCUGGGGUUGCUGGUUGCACCAUAAAGUAGUUGUCAAGAGCUUUGAUGGUUUUAUCUAUGAAAGCCGAUCUC